AUGGAAGAAUCACUGGCGCUCGCUCGACCAGCCCGAAGAUCAACGGGAGUCAAGGAUGCCUUGCGCAAACGAGUUCUGCUUCGUCCACGUGCAGAGAUGCCUGUGAAUGCCUUCGCGGAGUGCUCGCCAAAGUCAUUGCUCGAGGCGAGCGCUCUUCGCAUAGCUUGUCUUAUUGGAGAUGAUCGUGUACCACCGAUUGGGUCUGCUUUACCGGCUCACUUUGGAAAUCUGAUUGUUGAUUCGAUGCGUCAGUUAAAUCUUCUGGACGAAAAAGGAUUGAAACGAAUUGCGGACCUAAAACUCAAUAUAACCAAGAUUGAUCUUGCUCAAUGUGGUCACUUUCCUUAUGUUGUAUUAUCUCGCUUGGCACAGUUUGAUUUGGAAUCACUAUCUAUUUCCAACGCUGGACCGUCUGACUCAUCGACAUUCGAUAUUGGGGAGUUCAUCCGUGAGUGUGUCAGCGAUGCCACGCUUAAGUGCCUUCGCUAUCUAAGUAUUGGUGGUCACGACAAGAUGACGAACUUCGCAAGAAUUGCUCAGUUUUCUGCUUUGGAAAGCCUCUCCCUUUCUGGACGUCCUAUUUGCCAAACCGCACUCAUGGUUGUACGUGAUCUCCCAAAUUUAAAACUUCUAGAUAUUUCGAACACUCUGGUUGCUGAUAUCUCGGCUUUGAAUGGACUUAAGAAGCUGAAAGCAUUAUUGAUGCACAACCUUCGCAUUCGAUCAGGCUGUGUCACAGAAACAUUUCGUAGUCUAAAUGGUUUGCGUGUGUUGGAUAUCUCUAAGGAAGUCACUGAUUAUGGAACUGACAGCUCACAGGAAGCUUGUGUGGACUUGCCACUGGCUAUGGUUCAAGUAAUGCGCGAUGAUUCACUAGCAAAUUGGCCACAUUUGAAAUCCAUAGAUCUCGCAGGAAACUCCCUUGCUAACAUGGGAAUUGACAGGGCUGCAGACAUUGUAUCCCUUUUGCUAGAGAGAAACUCUCGCCUAGAGAGAGUAUCAGUUCUCGCUACACCUUUGGAUGGCCAUUCGUAUGUUGUACCAGUGGAACGAGAUGUCAAAAUUAUUAAUUGUGCUACCAGAGCACAAGCUAUCAUGGCACUGGGUGAUUACUGGAAUACCGACAGGGAUGCGUUCACGGCACAUGCUUUGCAUUGUGUUUAUUACAUGCUACAAAGUGGUUACGACGAUUUCUCAGAUAAUGAAAUAGCUCACUGUGCUACGGUCGUGUGUGCAGCAUUGCGUAAACAUUUGCAUAAUCUUGGUGUCCAAAUGGCUGGAAGUGCCUGCUUGUAUCACCUUUGCAAGUUGAAGCGCAUCCUGAAGCUUUCUAUCUCCACUGUUCGGAAGUGUGUUGAUCGCUGCCUUGACGCAGCUGAAACAUACCCAGAAACAACACAGCUUCAAAAAAAUGUCUGGCUAACUAUUUGCAACGACUACUUGCUCCAGCUUUCAGGGAUUAAUUUCUAUCGUACAUGCAAAGUUGCUCUUGAGAGCAUGCUUAUUAAUAGCGAUGCUGGAGUGUCAAGGAUGACAAUAGCUAUUGUCUCAAUAGUUGCCCCAAAAAUGCGUUCCCAAGAUGCUCGUGUAUUGGCAAGCGAUGCGCGCUAUGUGAAACACCUCGUUCACCUGAUGGAGCAAAAUAUAGGUCACUUUCGCACUUCUAACGGAGUUCGAGCGGAGAAUUCAUUGUAUACGUUGAAAUUCACUCUAAGUGCUCUUUGGAAUCUUACGGAUGACUGCCCCGCAACAUGUAUGGUUUUUGCUCACGAAAAUGGAAUUGGGGUUUCUUUCAACAUUCUGCGCCUCUUUGAAAACCAUAACAACAUCCAGACAAAAGUUCUGGGUAUUUUGAACAAUGUUGCUGAGGUGUAUGAGCAAAAAGUGCUGAUGUUACAAAACUCCCAAUAUUUGGAAGCUCUUUGUGAGUGCCUUGAUGGUGAUUUCUCAAGAGCAGAUGGAACAGGGCGUAAUCGAGCAGUGGAGCGCAGUUAUUUUGCCGCUGGAGUUUUAGCAAAUAUGUUAUUGUGCGAGCAAUGGCCUCACGGAGCACGCCUGUCAAGGGAAGAAGUGAACGAACGGAUGGUGAAAUCAAUUCGGCAGUGGCCCAUGCUUGCGGUCCCCAUGGUGUCCUACAGGUCAUUCGAACCGUUUGUCCGCAUUCUUAAUGAAACGAAAUUGGUGGGAGCGCAGAUGUGGUGCUUAUGGGGCGUGAACCACGUGCUAUCUCAUAGUGAUGCUAACUCAGUAUCUAUGGGAUACAUGACAAUGUUGAUGGAGUCGGAUCUACUUGCGCACUGUAUACGAAUAUCCAAAGAUUCCUCUGUGGACGAAGGUGUUCGAGCACUUGCAAUCCGUAUUGAGGAUAGCUGGCUUGAUCGGACUAUUCACGGCAUUAGGGUGAAUGCAGCGCUCACUGACCAGGUUGCAUCUCCCUCCAUCGCACAGGAAAUGUGUGCGUGA